GGCAGGUUGGACAGAUGGAGGACGGCGGUACCCGGCACCUGGGAUGCUGCGUGGUUGACGUGAACGAGCUGAGCGCCAACCCUGAAGGACUGAGCGCUCCCGUGACUGUAACUCCAAAGCUGCGACAGUUGGAGUUCAGCAUUGCCUGUAAUGAUCUGGCGGCCUCGGGCAGAGACAGGAAGCCCAACGCUUUGGUCCAGGUGGCUGUCAUAGAUCCCCAGCAGCAGCAGCUCGUCUUCCACGCCUGCACAGAGAUAGUGGAGGCAAACAAAGACCCGCUGUUUUUGACGGGGGUGACCUUCCCUUCAGAGUGUCCUGACAGCCAAGACUCACUGGUCAAGCUAACUGUGUAUGAUGCAAAAAACAAGAGCCAAGAAUCAAGCUCCUUCCUCGGUAGCGUCACCUUUUCCAUCGGGGAUCUGCUGAGGGCUAAAGAUGGACGACUGACCUUGAGCCUGAGGUCGUCGGAUGGUGUGUGCCCAGCAGGAACAGUGGUAGUGAGUCGUCUGAAGAUGGGGGAGGUGGAGGAGGCUGACCACAUCGCCACCGACUCGUCCUCACAGAAGUGUCCUUUGGUGUGUGAGCCUGCAGACCAGCCCUGCAUCGACAGAGAAGAUUACGCUCUAACUGGUCCAGUGUUCAGGAACCCGGUAUGCAAGGUGUACAGAUUUCAGACAGUGGACAGCAAGUGGAUGCUGGUGCGGGAACAAAUGGAGGAGUGUACUCUAUCGUUCACCAUCCCCAAACAGCUGCUGUCGCUCUACAUCCAGGAGGACAGGAGCAGGUUGCAGGAUCUGGAGGAAUUGGGGGAGCUCUCUCCUCACUGGGACAACCUGAGGAAGGAGGUUGUGACGCGAUACGGAGGAAUCAUCAGCUCUUACCAGGAGACUUUGGCUGAGCUGGAGAAGAUAAGCGGUUCAUUCAAGCCGAGUUGCUGCAAAGCCCAGAAAUCUCUGGAGUUCAUCCCAAUAAACCUGCACACACAGAGGAUGAGAGUGACAUGCCCCCAAAAAACAGAUGCUUUGUAUGACAUUAUCACUGUCGGUGCUCCAGCAGCCCACUUCCAGGGCUUUAAGUGUGGAGGCCUGCAGCGUCUCCUGAGCAGAUAUGAAGCAGAGAAGAAGAGCUUUAGCACUGCCUACCAGUGUAUCUACUACUCCCCUCAGCACACAGCCAAAGCUCAGGAGGUUCUCAGCACCGUGAGUCUCCUCCUGCCCCUCAUCACAAGCUUGGCUGACCAGCUCCUCCAGGCCGCCCUUGAACACUCCUCCUCUGGACUCAAGGAUGCACUCAAGAGCCUUUCCGACAAGACGGAGCAGUUUGUCCACACGCUUAAGGACGAAUUGGUCAAGAGCGCCCUGCUGGCGCUGCACGCGGCCCGGCCCGGGUACGUCUCCAAGAGCCAGAAACAAACGCCAGUGCUGUGCCACCAGCAAAGUCAGGGUGGGGACCUGAAUCACAGUCCAGUCCAAGGACUACCGGGCCACAGUCCGGCCACGCCUGUCACAGAAAGCCCAGUGGCGUGUAAUAAUGUGAAGCACCAAGACUCCAUACCACACCACAAAGAGUACGACGAGGAGGAAUGGGACAGGGUUUGGGCCAACGUCGCCAAAUGUCUCAACUGUGUGAUCGCCAUGGUGGACAAACUCCUCGAAGGUGACAACAGCAAGCCAGAGCCAGCGCCGGAGCAACAGCUUGCUGAUGUCAUCACCUCACACAACCCAGGUGACUGGCGGGAGCAGCUGGGUCCUCUGGUGACCAGACUAAAGGAGUGCGUUUUGGAGGUGGUGGAGAAAGCAAAGAGAGCAAUGACCUUCGUCCUCCUGCAGGAGGCAGUGUGCAGCAUACCUCAAGGCCUCCACCUGCAGCAGAGGAGAGACAUAGUCUUCAGUCAGGCACUGGCAGCGCUGGCAUGCGGCUUUGUGAUGAGGCUGUAUGCAGGCUUGCAGGACAAAGACUUCCUGAGGCAGCUCCACCUCGUCGGCCUGGUGGCUCAGUUCGAGAGCCUGCUGAGCACUUACAGUGAAGAGAUCGGGAUGCUGGAGGACAUGGAGAUCGGCAUCUCCGACCUGCAGAGAGUCACGUUCAAGAUCACAGAGGCCAAAGCGGAUGACCUCACUGACCUGCAGCCUUCAGUUUGUGGCCGACGAGACCACUUCACUGUCGAAGUGCCAUUACCACAAGUGAUUUUUCAGACCUUGCCAGAUGAGAUCAAGGAGGGCAGGUCUCUGCGAGUUUUCCCCGUUCUGUUUAACGUUGGCAUCAACGAGCAACAAACUAUAGCUGAGAGGUUCGGAGAUAUCUCUCUACAGGAAAGAAUAAACCAGAAGAACUUUGAGAUUUUAGAAGCCUAUUAUAAGACGUUAAGAGAAAAGGUGCCACUGGAAUGUCUACCGUGUUUUCAGACACAGACUGACAUAAAGGAAUUACUUGAAACGCUGGGCCAGAAUGUAGUCACAAAGAAGAGGAAGAACGUUGAGAUACUGUGGAUUGCUGGAACGAUUUGCCGAAGGCUGAACGGAAUCCGAUUUACCAGCUGUAAAAGUGCCAAAGACCGAACAUCCAUGUCUGUCACAUUAGAGCAGUGCGCCCUGCUGAGGGACGAACACCAGCUCAGCAAGGACUUCUUCGUCCGAGCUCUGGACUGCAUGCGGAGAGAAGGAUGUCGGAUUGAGAACGUUCAAAAGAAUAUUAAAUGCAGGAAAUACGCCUUCAACAUGUUGCAGCUGAUGGCCUUCCCCAAAUGCUACCGACCUCCAGACGGGACGUACGGCAAAGUUGACUCCUAAGGACUGGUGGUGCGGAGUGUACUGUAAAUAAAACCUCAUUUUGGACAGAAAUAUGAACGCUUAUGAGUAGGAAUGAAUAUGCAAACCGAUUUUUUUUGUUUUGUUGAACUUGUAUUUAUGUAAGCAGGGUACAAUUAUUGACGUCCAGAAAGGAAUCUGGAUUUGUCAAACAUGCUUUGAAAGCAAAGGCACUUUUUACUCAAAUGCUUAUUUUUAUCUUGGCCCUGGUGGCAAUACAUAGCUUUAUCCUGUGUGUGUGUGUGUGUGUGUGUGUAUGUGCGUGCGUGCGUGCGUGCGUGCGUGUGUGCGUGCGUGUGUGUUUAAAUGCAAAGUCACCUGUAAUGUCUUAGCUUUACAAAGGACGGACACACACACACAAAUAUAUCCUAUUUUUUAAUUUAUGUUCUGAUUAAAUAAAUGUUUUCUGUAACCUUUAGCACAUUUAUAAGUUAUAGACAAAUAGAUGGAUAGUUAGAUGGAUCAUAAUUCAUGUCACUUGUAUAUUUAUUUGCUUUUAAGGUGUCUAUUUAAAAUUGCUCCACUUUUUUAUUAAGUUGACUGUAAACUGUACAUGUGUUGUAACUGGCUUACUGUUGUUCAUUUUUACAAAUUCAAAUUUGUCAUAAUUUUAUGUUAUUUACUCCAAUAAUAUAAAUAAGGGAAUAAGAGUUUUGCUUUCUAAUAAAAAAAAUGCUGGCAACAAGUAAGAUGAAG